GUCACACUUAACGGAAAUGGCGGAACACGCUAAACGACGCGUUUUGAGAGCAUAUUGCCUACUCAUGAUGAUGAUCUGUUUGUAAGAGAAUCGAAUUCAUUCGCCUUCCCUCAUCAUCAUCUCGGUCACACUACAGCUGACUAGAUCUAAUUUUGUAAGUGGGUCUUGCAAAGUCGUCUCCUUUGAUCUGCUUUCAUUAGGGUCUUUCCUCUUUUUUCCAUUUUGAUUCAGGGUUAAGGAUAAAAACGUGAGCUUUCGUAUUCAUAGGGUUGCUUCUCAGUUUCACUUUCAUUUGAUAAAUUUGCUAGUUUGAGUUUGAUUGAGCUUACUAGUCUUAUUUUCAAGACUGUUGAUUUGGUGUGGAUAGUCAUUAGAAAUGGAUAAGGAGAAGUCUCCGGCACCUUGUGGAGGUCUUCCUCCUCCAUCUCCAUCAGGUCGGUGCUCUGCAUUCUCUGAUUCUGGUCCCAGUGGUCAUGGAUCAGAUGCUAACCGAAUGAGCCAUGAUAUUAGCCGUAUGCUUGAUAAACCACCCAAGAAGAUUGGACACCGUCGAUCUCAUUCGGAAAUCCUUACUCUCCCUGAUGAUUUGAGCUUUGAUAGUGAUCUUGGUGUUGUUGGUAAUGCUGUUGAUGGAGCUUCUUUCUCUGAUGAGACUGAGGAAGACUUACUCUCUAUGUAUCUUGAUAUGGAUAAGUUCAAUUCUUCUGCCUCGUCUUCGGCUCAAGUGGGUGAGCCAUCUGGAACUGCUUGGAAAAAUGAGUCGAUGAUGCAAACUGGCUCAACUUCGAUUCCUCAUAUUACAAUCAAUAGUUUUGCCGAAAGACCAAGAAUCAGGCACCAACACAGUCAGUCUAUGGAUGGUUCAAUGAAUAUUAAUGAGAUGCUAAUGUCGGGGAAUGAAGAUGAUUCUGCCAUUGAUACUAAGAAGUCCAUGUCUGCUACUAAGCUUGCUGAGCUUGCUCUCAUCGAUCCAAAACGUGCUAAGAGGAUAUGGGCAAACAGGCAGUCUGCGGCAAGAUCAAAAGAAAGGAAGACUAGAUACAUAUUUGAGCUGGAGAGAAAAGUACAGACUUUGCAAACAGAGGCCACAACUCUCUCAGCCCAGUUGACUCUCUUACAGAGAGACACAAAUGGCUUGACUGUAGAAAACAAUGAGCUGAAGCUGCGGUUACAAACAAUGGAGCAGCAGGUUCACUUGCAGGAUGAACUAAACGAAGCACUUAAGGAGGAAAUCCAGCAUCUGAAGGUGUUGACUGGCCAAGUUGCUCCAUCAGCGUUGAACUAUGGGUCGUUUGGAUCAAACCAACAACAAUUCUAUUCCAACAAUCAGUCAAUGCAAACAAUCUUAGCCGCACAACAGUUCCAGCAACUUCAGAUUCAUUCACAGAAGCAGCAGCAGCAGCAACAACAACAACAACAGCAGCAGCAACAACAACAACAACAACAACAGCAGCAGCAGCAGUAUCAGUUUCAACAGCAACAGAUGCAACAGCUUAUGCAGCAGCGGAUUCAACAGCAGGAACAACAAAAUGGAGUAAGACUCAAGCCUUCUCAAUCCCAGAAAGAGAGCUGAGGAGUAUGAAAAUGUCCACUUAAGUGAGAGGGUAUUGGCGUUCGGGUGCUAAAGGGAGAAGCCUUUUGGUAAGUAAAGAUCAUUGAGAAAACAUUUGGAUAGCCCAAAGAAACAGAGUUCCUUGCAAUGCACUGCAAUUAUUAGCUGUUUGGAUUUGGUUAUUUGGUAUAGAGACUGUAUCUCGAAAUCAUAGCAUGUAAAAAACAUUUAAUCACAUUCAAAAAUUGUUAAUUUGUUAUAAUGUAUAACAAUUGUGUUUAAGAUACAACAAAAAUCUACUUAUGUUAAUGAUAUUUGUUCACCA